CGUUUAUGCAUCAUCAUGGCAUCAUGCAUCAUAACAUCCAUGUUUUACUAAAUAAAAUUAUUUUUAUAAACCCUUCUUAUUUUAUUUUGCCCUCUCAUAUGGUUUAUAUAUAAAGCCUCCCCUUGUCUAUUCAUUUAACAAAACCCGAAACUAAAUUUCUAAAACUUUGCAAUUUGUUUUGUUUCGGUAAUAAAGCUUUUCAAAAUGUACUUGGUUUCUUCCCGUUUACUUCAUUUCCUUUUCUAUGAUGCCUCUUGUUUCUCCCAUAAUCCUUUCCUGCAAAAAUCAAAUGCUAAUAUCAGAUUUUGGUAAAGGCCACAAUUCUUUUCUUGGACCUUUUCUUCUAUCUAACCUUCCUUGACGUUCAGCCCAACAACACUGGUGGCCCUCUUAACAUUUCCAGGAAAGGACUCAUGUAGCUUGGCUUCAGCUCACGCAACAAGCGUGAGGCACUCGUGGAGUCGUGGUCAACUUCACUGAUGCCCUCCUCUCAUCUGGAUAUUUCUUUGGAGCAAGCAUAUCCGCGCACGCCAAUCCAUCAGGGGCCUCCAGAAAACCUAGCAUCCUCCAUCUUCCCCUACUUGCGCCGCCGCUAAAUUUCCCCUCUCAUGAAAAAUCAGAGACAGUUUCAGAAAAAUUCAGAGAGCUCGACACUGUUUCCGGUGGACCUGGUCGUCGCUCUGGAUGCCGCCGCGCCUGUCUGAGUACGGGGAUGGAGUCCCUGCAUCAUCCUCGACCUCCUCGAUGAAGAAUCGUGACCGAAGCCGCCUCAGGUCGUCGUCGCCAUCAAGGUCUUCACCCCGCUGCCGUCCGUGCUCGUCAGCGUCAGCAGCGGCGUCUUCUUCAUCUUCCUCUCCAUCGCUGGGCGCGGAAUUCGUCUCCGAUGAACCAAGAUCCUGUGCAAAAUCAUGGCCACCUCCGUCCGGCGCGCGUCCAGUCUUCAGCCUAGCAUCGCUCCAGGCCACAGCCCCGUUGACAAACAGCAGCGCCAUCAUCUCUCCGCCGGCCACUUUGGUCUUUGGUACUACAACACAGUCAGCAUCUUCCUGCCACUUAGGCAAUCAACUCCUAGCAACCCAGACGAUGCUCCUUUGCAUUUGCUUCUUCUCGGAUAGGAUCGCGAAGUGGUGCUGUGAGAUACGACAAGUUCUUCGGCUGAUCUUCGACAAGCUUUAA